CCAUUGCACGAUUCCAUGGCUCGGAUCGAGCAGAGCACCGGGGCUGUGCCAGGCCAGCGCACGUUCGCUGUCACCCGGGGCGGGAGCGCGGGCGGUGCCUUUAAGGGGCGGUCGCGGGGCCGGGGCGGCCGCGGUUCCCCCGCGGCUCCCGGAACUCCGCCGGCGCCGGCCAUGGUGCGGAUCGUGACCGUGCACACCAAGCCCUACGGCGACCAGAAGCCGGGCACCAGCGGGCUGCGCAAGCGGGUGACGGUGUUCCAGAGCAAUGCCAACUACACCGAGAACUUCAUCCAGAGCAUUCUGGCCACCGUGCCGCCCGCCGAGCGCCAGGACGCCACGCUCGUGGUGGGAGGCGACGGCCGCUUCUACAUGAGAGACGCCAUCCAGCUCAUCGUGCGCAUCGCUGCCGCCAACGGGGUCCUGCUCCUGAAGCCAUCACAGAUAAAAUUUUCCAAAUCAGCAAGAAAAUCGAGGAAUAUGCAAUCUGCCCAGACCUGCAGGUGGACUUGGGCACCAUUGGGAAGCAGCAGUUUGACUUGGAGAACAAAUUUAAGCCAUUUACAGUGGAAAUUGUGGACUCUGUGGAAGCCUAUGCCAGCAUGCUGAGGAACAUCUUUGACUUCAGUGCCUUGAAGGAGCUGCUCUCAGGGAAGAACCAGCUCAAGAUUCGCAUUGAUGCCAUGCACGGGGUUGUGGGCCCUUACGUGAAGAAGAUCCUGUGUGAGGAGCUGGGAGCCCCAGCAAAUUCAGCUGUGAACUGCACCCCCCUGGAGGACUUUGGGGGCCACCACCCUGACCCCAACCUGACCUACGCUGCUGACCUGGUGCAGACCAUGAAGACAGGAGAGUACGACUUUGGAGCUGCCUUUGAUGGAGAUGGGGACAGGAACAUGAUUUUGGGCAAGCACGGCUUCUUUGUCAACCCCUCCGACUCGGUGGCCGUCAUCGCCGCCAACAUCUUCAGCAUCCCCUACUUCCAGCAGACCGGGGUGCGCGGCCUGGCCCGCAGCAUGCCCACCAGCGGGGCCCUGGACAGGGUGGCCCAGGCCACAAAGAUUGCUUUGUAUGAGACUCCAACGGGCUGGAAGUUCUUUGGAAACUUGAUGGAUGCCAACAAACUGUCUCUGUGUGGAGAGGAAAGCUUUGGGACUGGCUCCGACCACAUCCGAGAGAAGGAUGGGCUGUGGGCAGUGCUGGCCUGGCUCUCCAUCCUGGCCGCCCGCAAGCAGAGCGUGGAGGACAUCAUGAAGGACCACUGGCAGAAGUAUGGCAGGAACUUCUUCACCAGGUAUGACUACGAGGAGGUGGAUGCAGAUGCUGCCAACAAAAUGAUGAAGGAUUUGGAGGCGGUGAUGUUCGAGCGCUCCUUCGUGGGGAAGCAGCUGUCGAGUGGGGACAAGGUGUACACGGUGGAGAAAGCUGACAACUUCGAGUACAACGACCCCGUGGAUGGCAGCGUCUCCAGGAACCAGGGUCUGAGGCUCAUCUUCUCCGACGGCUCCCGCAUCAUCUUCCGGCUGAGCGGCACCGGCAGCGCGGGGGCCACCGUGCGCCUCUACAUCGACAGCUACGAGAAGGAUGCUCAGAAAAUCAACCAAGACCCACAGGUGAUGCUGGCACCCCUCAUUUCCAUUGCACUGAAACUUUCCCAGCUCCACGAGAGGACCGGCCGCUCGGGGCCCACCGUCAUCACCUAGAGCUGCAGUGAGCACUGGGGGAGGCAGCCCAGCCCCUCCCCGGCAGAUUGGCACUAAAAGAGGAAUAUUGAUUUCAUCCCUGUAUUUAAGAACACUGUUUUGCUGCUAAGGAUAGCCAAUAAACCCCAGCCCUCAGCACCCCUUG